ACUAUUUAUGUUUCUGCCCUUGGGGUUCCACUGUUCACCCUACACCAGUGCCUGUCAACAUUUGUCCUGGUAGGCAAUUAGGUGUUGAAGCUACUGGGUUUUGCUCCAGCCCUGCUCUAAUACAUCUAAUUCUGUUAAUCAAGGUCGUAGUCAGUAGCUGAUUUUAGAUUAUUCAGGUUUGUUAGAGUAGGGUUGGAACAAAACCCUGCGUACCCAGUAGCUCUCUAGGAGGAGAGUUGGCCGCCUCUGCCCUACACCUAUAGGGGUGUGUACACCUGCUCCAUAAUUACCAUGGUAACACUAUUACUCAAAACCCACAGUGGCUUUGAUUGAUGAUGAAGACUUCCCUGACGACGCCCUUAGCAACCAUACAGACAUGGUGGACAGUGAACCAGUGGUCAAUGAGGCAAAGAGGAAGUUCAUAAGGUACAGUAUAAGCCUCUGUAACAAUUCAUAAGGUACUCAUAAGCCUCUGUAACAAUUCAUAAGGUACUCAUAAGCCUCUGUAACAAUUCAUAAGGUACUCAUAAGCCUCUGUAACAAUUCAUAAGGUACUCAUAAGCCUCUGUAACAAUUCAUAAGGCAGUCCCUCCAGGAUUCCGCCGUGUUUUUUUUGUGUGAUAGUUGCAGGCCAAAAUGCUUGAUUUUGUUGCAGCAAUUCUGAUAUUUUCCGUGGCAAUUUGCGUUGAUUUUGUCAAAUGUGUCACAAAAAUGCACUGAAGAGGGGAAAUGUUUAUUGACGUGUUGCUUGAUUGAACCAUUUUAUGCAAUAGAUAUUCCGAUUUGGUCAAAAUUGCAAGCCAUGUUUUUGUAGUGUGGUGAUCGGGCAGUUAUAUGCGGUAAUAUUGCGACGAUUUGACUGUUUUAUCUGGUAAUAUUGCGAUGAUUUGACUGUUUUAUCUGGUAAUAUUGCGAUGAUUUGACUGUUUUAUCUGGUAAUAUUGCGAUGAUUUGACUGUUUUAUCUGGUAAUAGUGCGAUGAUUUGACUGUUUUAUCUGGUAAUAGUGCGAUGAUUUGACUGUUUUAUCUGGUAAUAUUGCGAUGAUUUGACUGUUUUAUCUGGUAAUAUUGCGAUGAUUUGACUCUUUUAUCUGGUAAUAGUGCGAUGAUUUGACUCUUUUAUCUGGUAAUAUUGCGAUGAUUUGACUGUUUUAUCUGGUAAUAUUGCGAUGAUUUGACUGUUUUAUCUGGUAAUAUUGCGAUGAUUUGACUGUUUUAUCUGGUAAUAUUGCGAUGAUUUGACUGUUUUAUCUGGUAAUAUUGCGAUGAUUUGACUGUUUUAUCUGGUAAUAUUGCGAUGAUUUGACUGUUUUAUCUGGUAAUAUUGCGAUGAUUUGACUGUUUUAUCUGGUAAUAUUGCGAUGAUUUGACUGUUUUAUCUGGUAAUAUUGCGAUGAUUUGACUGUUUUAUCUGGUAAUAUUGCGAUGAUUUGACUGUUUUAUCUGGUAAUAGUGCGAUGAUUUGACUGUUUUAUCUGGUAAUAGUGCGAUGAUUUGACUGUUUUAUCUGGUAAUAUUGCGAUGAUUUGACUGUUUUAUCUGGUAAUAUUGCGAUGAUUUGACUGUUUUAUCUGGUAAUAUUGCGAUGAUUUGACUGUUUUAUCUGGUAAUAUUGCGAUGAUUUGACUGUUUUAUCUGGUAAUAUUGCGAUGAUUUGACUGUUUUAUCUGGUAAUAUUGCGAUGAUUUGACUGUUUUAUCUGGUAAUAUUGCGAUGAUUUGACUGUUUUAUCUGGUAAUAUUGCGAUGAUUUGACUGUUUUAUCUGGUAAUAUUGCGAUGAUUUGACUGUUUUAUCUGGUAAUAUUGCGAUGAUUUGACUGUUUUAUCUGGUAAUAUUGCGAUGAUUUGACUGUUUUAUCUGGUAAUAUUGCGAUGAUUUGACUGUUUUAUCUGGUAAUAUUGCGAUGAUUUGACUGUUUUAUCUGGUAAUAUUGCGAUGAUUUGACUGUUUUAUCUGGUAAUAGUGCAGAGAUUUGUCAAAUUUGCAAGCCCUCGCAUAAUAUGCAGGGAAUUGUUGAUUUUGCAAAACAUUUGGCGACCACAGAAUCGGAAAAUCCUGAAGGGACUUCGAAAUGUUUAACCCCCCCCCCCCCCUCUGUGAUAGAUAACUGCUGUAUUCUAUGUGGUUCUAGACUCUAUGUGGUUCUAGACUUUAGUUGCUGUCAAGCAUUUUGCCAGAAAUUACGAUAUACACAACGAUUGAUUGAUUGACCGAUCAAUCACUUCCUCCCUCCCUGCAGGCAGAUCAGCGUCAUCUCAGGGGACCUGGAGAACCCAAGGAGCAGGUCUGUCCGGAGACGUCUGUGCAGCGAGAGGAAGCAUGCUGAGCCUGACCCAGAGAAGAAACUACCCAAGGUGGAGAAACUCAUCCAGGCAGAGACCACUGAGACGGGCAGGGUGAGUAGAGCUAUGGAGAUGUAUACUUUACACUCCUACCCUCUCCUAUCCCCAGGUGAAGUUGUUCCAGGUGUAUUCCAAGACAGUACAACCUCUGACCUCUGACCUUUUAUGACCCCCUCUCUCCUCCCUCUCCUCAGGUGAAGGUCAAGGUGUUCUGGGAGUAUGCCAAGGCAGUAGGGCCUCUGCUGACCCUCUUCAUCUGUUUCCUGUACGGCUGCCAGAGUGCUGCCGCCAUCGGAGCCAACGUCUGGCUGAGCGAAUGGACCAAUGACGCGGCUCAGAACAUGACCCAGGAGAAUGUCAGCAUGAGGGUGGGGGUGUAUGCUGCUCUGGGCAUAGCACAAGGUGAGGAGACCUGCUGUUCAUUACCUUUGGAUAAGGAUACCUAUCCUAACCUUAAGAUUACGUCAAUGGUGAAGAAAGUAUCUUUACAGUUCAAUGUGUAUAGCUAUUAGAACAUGAUUCAAUUUAUUCAUGGUCAUCUGUCCCAAAGAGAGGUUUUGUUAUUGUAGGUUUUGUUGUGUAUUGUUGUGUAUGUUUAACUUUUUUACUGUAUGACGCUAACUAUGAGUGGUUGGUUUUGUGUGAGGACCUUGGCCUCUACCCCUCUGGCCCUUUUCCAGUAACACAUUGAAUUGAAAGGUGUCUCAGCAUUCAGGAGAGAGGACACAUACAGAACCCACUGCCUCCUCAACCCUCAUCUCCCUGCUCCUUCCCUCCCUCCAUCCCUCUCAGGCAUCCUGGUCAUGGUCUCCUCCUUCACCCUGGCCAUGGGGAACAUCGGAGCAGCCAGGAAGCUUCACUAUGCCCUCCUGGACAACAAGUUUCACACCCCCCAGUCUUUCUUUGACACCACCCCUAUAGGUAGGAUCAUCAACCGAUUCUCCAAGGACAUCUACGUCAUCGACGAGGCGCUGCCCUCCACCGUUCUCAUGUUCCUCGGGACGUUCUUCUCCUCUCUCUCCACCAUGAUAGUCAUAGUGGCCAGCACCCCCAUCUUCGCCGUGGUCAUAGCCCCGCUGGCUUUCAUAUACGUCUUUGUCCAGGUAUUGGUUCUGUUCCGAGGAGCUAACAGUUUUGCUUGCUCUACUCUUAAGGAUAGGAGUUUAUUGUGUCAAAUUAAUACUUUUUCAUUUUACAUUUUUUGCCAGUGUGUUGCUUACGUUCCUGAAUGCAGCAUGCAGCGCCCUGAUUGGUGGAGCAGUUUCUGUGACCUUUGACCUUUUUGUUUCUCUUCAGCUUUUUUUGUUCCUGUUAUCCAUUGACUUUGCUCUCCUCCUCCCUGUCUCCUCUCCUCUUCCUUAACCAUGCAUUCACUUCCUCGCUCUCCCUCUCCAUCUUUACCCACACACACACACACACACACACACACACACACAGAGUGGGCCAUGUUGAUUCACCCACAGCCGGUACAGUAGUGAAGGAGGCUUCUGUUCGUCCGAGUUGUGUUUGUUGACUCUGAGGUGGUCAAGCAGAGAGCUCAGAACACUGCUGUGGGUUCUUUACCACCCGACAUCCUUCUCAGGGACACACUGGAGAACGGUGAUUUAUACUAUAGAGUGGCGUUGGAUGAAGUUGCCCCAAGACACUGAGCUAAAGGCAAGGGUUUUAGGCUGCUUUUAGACAGGCAGUCCAAUUCUGAACUUUUUUUUCACUAAUUGGUCUUUUGACCAAUCAGAUCAGCUCUGGAAAAGAUCUGACGUGAAAAGAUCUGAUGUGAUUUGUCAAAAGACCAAAGAGUGGACAAAAGAUCAGAUUUGGCCUGUAUAAGCGCAGCCUUAGAUCUGUUCAUACAGGAAACAUGACAACGCUGGUGUGCUGCUGCCAUCUGGUGGUUAACGAAUGGAAAGACAACUAGUAGUCAGUCUGACGCUACCCUCCACACAGUAGGGACUUAGAGGUUAUUUUGUUUCCUGUCUUAACUCUACAAGGGAUUGAUUAGCUUCAGGGUUUCCUGUCUAACUCUACAGGGGAUUGAUUAGCUUCAGGGUUUCCUGUCUAACUAUACAGGGGAUUGAUUAGCUUCAGGGUUUCCUGUCUAACUAUACAGGGGAUUGAUUAGCUUCAGAGUUUCCUGUCUAACUAUACAGGGGAUUGAUUAGCUUCAGAGUUUCCUGUCUAACUAUACAGGGGAUUGAUUAGCUUCAGGGUUUCCUGUCUAACUAUACAGGGGAUUGAUUAGCUUCAGGGUUUCCUGUCUAACUCUACAGGGGAUUGAUUAGCUUCAGGGUUUCCUGUCUAACUCUACAGGGGAUUGAUUAGCUUCAGAGUUUCCUGUCUAACUAUACAGGGGAUUGAUUAGCUUCAGGGUUUCCUGUCUAACUAUACAGGGGAUUGAUUAGCUUCAGGGUUUCCUGUCUAACUCUACAGGGGAUUGAUUAGCUUCAGGGUUUCCUGUCUAACUCUACAGGGGAUUGAUUAGCUUCAGAGUUUCCUGUCUAACUAUACAGGGGAUUGAUUAGCUUCAGGGUUUCCUGUCUAACUAUACAGGGGAUUGAUUAGCUUCAGGGUUUCCUGUCUAACUCUACAGGGGAUUGAUUAGCUUCAGGGUUUCCUGUCUAACUAUACAGGGGAUUGAUUAGCUUCAGGGUUUCCUGUCUAACUCUACAGGGGAUUGAUUAGCUUCAGAGUUUCCUGUCUAACUCUACAGGGGAUUGAUUAGCUUCAGAGUUUCCAUACAGUGCCUUUACCCUUUGACCCAGGAAAUUGUGCCCCUCCCCCUCUGCCAGGUGUACUGUUGCUGGCCAACUGUCUGUUGA